AUGCUGCUAAAAUGGGUUUCAACAAACAAAACUUAAUAGCCGUAUGCUCCACAGCUUUGAUCCUAAUUACUUAUGUCCCUCUAGCAAGUACAGUCGAAGACGACAGUGGCUUCCUCAAAGCACACAAUGAGAUUCGCAAAGAGCACGGUCUCCCGCCACUGCAAUGGAAUAAAACCUUAGCUGAGUAUGCGCAAAAUUAUGCCAAUAAAAGAUCUGUGGACUGCGCAAUGGAGCAUUCGGAUGCUCCUUAUUCUGAGAACAUUGCGAGUGGUUUGGGUAUGACCGGUGAAGCAGCGACAAAGUACUGGUGCACCGAGAAAGCCGAAUACGACUACAACACAAAUAAAUGUACCGGUCCUGAGGAAGACGGUUGCCGCCACUACACUAUUAUAGUUACCAGGAUAACAACCCAACUUGGUUGUGCAAGGGCCAAGUGCAAAAAUGGCGAUAUGUUUGUAUCCUGCAACUAUGAUCCUUCUGGAGAUUGGGACCAGCGUCCUUACUAAACAUACUAUAUAUGCAAUGAUGAUCUAUGAGUUUUGCUCCAAAAAGGGAUCAAAACGGUUAUUUAUAAUUUUCUACCUAAAUGUAUAUAAAGGGUCUGAUGUUGGCAUUGAUGAAUCGGUAUUCAUCAUUUAUCACCCAAGAAUUUCUUGGCUCAGUUUUUUAAUGCAAGUUUUAAUGUUGUAAAAUUUUUGAAGAGAUUUUAUGCAUGGUUUGUAAGAAUGAGGUUAUAUCCUCAAGGGAAUAAAUUAUGUUAUAUUUUUGAGAUGA